GAAACCCAAUAGUGACUCCUUCUCAAAUUAUCAGAAAUUGGUGGUUUUAUCUUCAUCGUUAUCUUCCCAAUCGCUAACAUGGGUGUGGUGAUAAUCGACGGCACGACGGUGAGGGAUUUCGUGAACGACGAAGCCAGUUUCACCAAGAGCGUGGACGAACAGUUCGCCGCGCUGGAUCUCAACAACGACGGCGUUUUAUCACGCGCGGAGCUCCGCACCGCCUUCGAGUCCAUGAGGCUCAUCGAGGCUCACUUCGGCAUCGACGUCGCAACCCCGCCGGAGCAGCUCACCAAGAUCUACGACUCUGUGUUUGAUACGUUUGACGGUGAUGGUAGCGGCACCGUUGACCGCCUCGAGUUCAGGUCCGAGAUAAAGAAGAUCAUGCUCGCUGUUGCUGAUGGUCUGGGAACUAACCCGAUUCAGAUGGCUCUUGAAGAUGACUCUAACAAUCUUCUUCAGAAAGCUGCGGAUCUCGAAGCUUCUAAGAUCGGCGCCGCCUGACCGCGACGGAACACGGCGGUGAUGCGUUUCGUUGUUUUAUUUUAUAUUAUAUUUGUGCAAUUAAUUACUAUAAGAGGUAGGAUAGCUGUUUGUGAAUUCGUGUGUGUGUGUGUGUGUGGAAUCUUUUUCCUUUCUUAAUUUGUAUGGAUUUACACUUUAAUGUGAAUGUAUGACAGCGUGUUACUUUA